GACCUAUACCCCACAACCCCCCCCACACCUACACCCCAUAAACCUCACACACACAGAGCCCUAUACCCCACAAACCUCUCUCACACACACACACCCCUACACCCCACAAACCUCACACACAUGGGGGUUGUUUCAAAUAAUUGUACUUGCUGAAACGAUGUGACAAGCUGUCCUGUCACACACUAGGUGUGGCCAUGACUGAAAGGGAUUCCUACUGGGUGAUCGAAGGGCUGCUCCUCUCUGAAAUGGCAGCCACGGCCAAGGGGAUGAUACAGAACUUCCUGUACCUGGUGGAAAGGUAUGGGCACAUCCCGAAUGGAGGGCGAGUCUAUUACCUACGCCGGAGCCAGCCACCUUUCCUCACUCUGAUGAUGGAUGCCUACCUGGCCCAUGCCAAUGACACAGACUUUCUCAGGGAGAAUAUCCAUCUGCUGGAGGUAGAGUACGAGUUCUGGCAGAGGAAUCGCUCUGUGAGCAUCACAGUUGGGGACAGGAAUCACACUCUGAACUACUACAACGUCCAGAUCGGGGAGCCCAGACCAGAGUCCUACAGCAAAGACUGGGAGUUGGCAAGUGAUUUAAAUGAAGAUGCCAGGCAGGAGCUCUGGGCAGAGCUAAAAUCAGCAGCAGAGUCAGGCUGGGACUUUUCCUCUCGCUGGUUCCUCUCCUGGCCUUCCUCACUCCCUGCGACACUGAAGGAUACCAAAGCCAGGGCUGUAGUGCCAGUGGAUCUGAAUGCCUUUCUGUGCAAGACCGAGCACCUGCUGGCUUCAUUCUACAGGAUACUGGGAAACACCACCAAGGCUGCCCAGUUCCAGGCUGCUCUGCAGCGCAGGCUCGAGGCUGUCCAAGCUGUCUUCUGGAAUGAGGCUGCUGGAGUCUGGCUGGACUUCAACCUCCUGAAGAAGCAGCCAAACCCAGCCUUCUUCCCCUCCAACCUGGCACCCCUGUGGACUGACUGCUUCUCAGACCAGGCUGCAGCUGAGAGGGCAGUGCGGUACUUAGAGGGGAGCACAGUGCUGUCCUACAAGAACGGGCUCCCUACCUCACUUUCCAGGACUGGGGAGCAGUGGGACCUGCCCAAUGCCUGGCCUCCACUGCAGCAUAUGGUGAUUGCAGGUUUGGCCAAGUCGAGCUCCUCGAGAGCCAAAGAAAUUGCCUUUGACCUGGCCCAGAACUGGGUCAGAACCAACUUUGCCUUAUAUAAGAAGUACCAGGCCAUGUUCGAGAAGUACAACGUGGAUGGAGAUGGGAAGCCAGGGACAGGAGGAGAGUACCAAGUCCAGGAGGGAUUUGGCUGGACCAAUGGUGUAGUCCUGCAGCUCUUGGAUCUCUAUGGCGACCGCCUGACUUCUGGCUCCCCCUCUACCCUCUUCAGGGCCUGGAUUAUUGCUGCUUGCACCAUCUUCCUCCUUGACCUGAAAUGGUAG